CUCACCGCCCGCAGCCCGCACUUUGCGCUAACCUAGAGAGUAGCUCCGCUGGGGUGCGAGGCGCAGAGGGGCAAAUCCGAUCACGCCGAUCCAUGAAAAUGCUUUGGAAACUGACGGAUAAUAUCAAGUACGAAGACUGUGAGGACCGUCACGACGGCACCAGCAACGGGACUGCGCGGUUGCCCCAACUGGGCACUGUAGGUCAAUCUCCCUACACCAGUGCCCCGCCGCUGUCCCACACCCCCAAUGCCGACUUUCAGCCUCCCUAUUUCCCCCCGCCCUACCAGCCUAUCUACCCUCAGUCGCAAGACCCUUACUCUCACGUCAACGACCCCUACAGCCUGAACCCCCUGCACGGCCAGCCGCAGCCGCAGCACCCGGGCUGGCCCGGCCAGAGGCAGAGCCAGGAGUCUGGGCUCUUGCACACGCACCGGGGGUUACCCCACCAGCUGUCGGGCCUGGACCCUCGCAGGGACUACCGGCGGCACGAGGACCUCCUGCACGGCCCACACGGGCUCGGCUCCGGGCUCGGGGACCUCCCGAUCCACUCCUUACCUCACGCCAUCGAGGACGUCCCGCAUGUAGAAGACCCGGGUAUUAACAUCCCAGAUCAAACUGUAAUUAAGAAAGGCCCUGUGUCCCUGUCCAAGUCCAACAGCAACGCCGUCUCCGCCAUCCCUAUCAACAAGGACAACCUCUUCGGUGGCGUGGUGAACCCCAACGAAGUCUUCUGUUCAGUUCCGGGUCGCCUGUCGCUCCUCAGCUCCACCUCGAAGUACAAGGUCACGGUGGCGGAAGUACAGCGGCGCCUCUCACCGCCCGAGUGUCUCAACGCGUCGCUGUUGGGCGGAGUCCUGCGGAGAGCGAAGUCUAAGAAUGGAGGAAGAUCUUUAAGAGAAAAACUGGACAAAAUAGGAUUAAAUCUGCCAGCAGGGAGACGCAAAGCUGCCAAUGUCACCCUGCUUACAUCACUAGUGGAAGGAGAAGCCGUCCACCUAGCCAGGGACUUUGGGUACGUGUGCGAAACUGAAUUUCCUGCCAAAGCAGUAGCGGAAUUUCUCAACCGACAACAUUCCGAUCCCAAUGAGCAAGUGACAAGAAAAAACAUGCUCCUGGCUACAAAACAGAUCUGCAAAGAGUUCACUGACCUGCUGGCUCAGGACCGAUCUCCCCUGGGGAACUCGCGGCCCAACCCUAUCCUGGAGCCCGGCAUCCAGAGUUGUUUGACCCACUUCAACCUCAUCUCCCAUGGCUUCGGCAGCCCGGCGGUGUGUGCCGCGGUCACCGCCCUGCAGAACUAUCUCACCGAGGCCCUCAAGGCCAUGGACAAAAUGUACCUCAGCAACAACCCCAACAGCCACACGGACAACAGCGCCAAAAGCAGUGACAAAGAAGAGAAACACAGAAAGUGAGGCUCUGCUCCCGCCCCGCGCCCGCCCGCCCGGCUCACCGGCCCGCGCCCCCCCACUCGCCC